GAAAGCUGCGGUUUUUCUCCUCCUUCUCUUCCGCUUUCUCACUGUAAAACCAUUUUCUCUCUCUCUCACUUUCUCUCUCUGCUCGCCACCCCCCACUUCCAACUCGACACUGGCAUUCAUUCAUUCUUAGCUUCUCUGUGUUUUUAUAUCACGAGAUCCCCAUCUAUCUCUUUUCCUCUUCCUUCCUGCAUGUCUUUUUCAGACCCUCUCUUUUUCCAUUGCAGCACAGCACAGCAGAGAUGUGUAUGCUCUGAACUCACUGUAUAGAUUCAUUCGUAUUUAGAGAGAGAGAGAGAGAGAGAGAGAGAGUUUGUAAAAUGUCUGAUUCAAGAAGGGCAUCAUCGGUGUCGUCGGAUAUUGGGAUUGAGGCGUUGAGUGAUCGGUUAAGGAACUCGGUCCGCCCGGAGAUGAACAAGCCAGAUUUCAGGGAACUCGAUCUGGGUUCUCCGGCUUCUCCCUUGCGGACUGUCCCUACUACCAGUAGUAGCUCUAGUUCUUCUGGAUCCUUGUCGGGUCGGAACGGGGCUCCCAAGUCCGCUGAGCUGUCCGGGUCGGUGGAGAGUUCACCCUCACCCUCACCCACACCGACAGCGCGCGCCCCCUUCAAUCGCUCAGGUGGGAGCUGUGUCAACUCUCCGCCGCCCUCCAAUGCUUUUCCCACCGGCAAUAUCUGCCCCUCCGGCAGGAUUCUCAAGACCGGGAUGGCCAGCAGGGCAUCCAAGACUGACGUUUUGGGCUCCGGAACUGGGAAUUACGGCCACGGCAGCAUAAUACGCGGCGGAUUCGGAACUAUUCACAAACCCACCAAUUUAAGAGGAUCAUUAAUGGCGGCGGAAGAGACUCAGAAGAAGAAGGAAAUGUUGGGAAAUGAUCCAGAAGAGUUGAAGAGGACAGGCAAUGAGAAUUACAAAAAGGGGAAUUUUGCAGAGGCUUUGAAUCUAUAUGACAAGGCCAUUUCAAUAUCUCCAGGCAAUGCGGCUUACCAUUGUAACCGGGCUGCGGCAUUGAUUGGUCUCAAGAGGUUGGUAGAGGCAGUGAGGGAAUGUGAGGAAGCUAUUAGGUUGGAUCCCAGAUAUGUUAGAGCCCACCAUCGAUUAGGAUCUUUGUUCCUUAGUUUAGGACAGGUAGAAAAUGCCAGGAGGCACAUUUGUCUUCCUGGGCACCAGCUAGAUCACUUGGAGUUGCGGAAGUUGGAAGCAGUGGAGAAACAUAUAGAAAAAUGCAAUGAUGCACGGGGAGCCAGUGAUUGGAGAAGUGUGUUGCGGGAAGCUGAUGCUGCUAUUGCUUCUGGAGCCGAUGCAUCUCCUCAGCUCUUUGCAUGUAGAGUAGAAGCACUUGCGAAGCUCCACCAGUUAGACAAUGCUGAUUCAAGCCUAUCAAAAGUUCCUAAAAUAGAAUCAACUGCUUCUUUCUCCCAGUCAAAAAUUUUUGGGAUGCUUUCUGAAGCGUACGUGUUCUUUGUUCGGGCUCAAAUUGAGUUGGCUCAUGGAAGGUUUGAAAGUGCGCUUGCUGCCAUUGAGAGAGCUAAACAGAUUGACUGUCAAAACGUUGAAGUUUCUGUUUUACUCAACAAUGUGCGGUUAGUUACCCAAGCUCGUACCCGUGGCAAUGAUUUAUUUAAAUCCGAAAGGUUUACAGAAGCUUGUGCCGCUUAUGGGGAAGGCCUCAGGUUUGAUCCUUCAAAUUCAGUUCUCUAUUGCAAUAGAGCAGCCUGUUGGUAUAAGCUGGGACAGUGGGAAAAAUCUGUGGACGAUUGCAGCCAAACUCUCCGCAUCCAACCGAAUUAUACGAAAGCUCUUCUUCGAAGGGCAGCCUCAAACAUGAAGCUAGAACGGUGGGCUGAGGCUGUAAGAGACUACGAAGCCUUGAGGAGUGAAUUUCCACACGACACCAAAGCUGCUGAAUCACUGUUUCACGCCCAAGUUGCCCUGAAAAAAUCCAGAGGGGAAGAGGUUUAUAGCGGGAAAUUUGGUGGAGGUGUUGAAAUAGUCUCAGGUCUUGAACAAUUCCAAUCUGCAAUUUCCUCUGGGACAUCGGUGGUGCAUUUUAAAGUGGCAUCCAAUAUACAAUGCACACAGAUAUCGCCAAUUUUGGACACAUUGUGCACCAGAUAUCCAUCAAUAAGUUUUCUCAAGGUGGACGUGGAAGACAGCCCAGCAAUCGGCACAGCUGAGAACAUCACGACUGUGCCAAUGUUUAAAAUUUACAAAAACGGCAGCCAGUUGAAGGAACUGGUCUGCCCAAGUCCAGAGGAGCUGGAGUCUUCGGUGAGGCAUUGGGCUAUCUAGAACACUAUUCAAGAAUUACUUCCUGGCGAUUAUAACCGGACCUACCACAUAAUAAUCUCAGAUGGAGCCAUUUCAGCCAAAAGGCAAGUGGAAUUCAGAGAGAUAGUGUAGUUCGUUUUCGUUUUUUGAUUUAAUCAUUCAUUCCUCAUCGCCUUCAAGUUCUAAAAUUUUCUCAUCUCCUAAUCUCACAUCAUAUCAUUUAGUUUCUUCAAAUUCUUCUUCCUCCUCCCCCUUUAUUAGCUAGACAUUUAGAAGACCGAGAGAAGAGAUGGUUGGCUGGCUGGCUGGCAAUUAGAUGAGGAUCUAAACAUGUAUAUAUAUGAUAAUAUAUACAAAAUCUUUGCAGGCCAUUGAGGGAGAUUGGAUGUCUGAUGGAUUAGUGAAAGAAGGAUGAAUAGUAUGUGUUAUUGAUAUUGAUAUUGUGUUGUUCAACCUUUCCAUCAAUAAAAUUUUUCAUUUUUUUUCUUGUUUCA